AAAAAGCUGGAGAAUGCAUGAUAAAUUUGACAUGAUUUAGAGUAGCCAACAAACCAGUAGCUUCGGAGCUGCCAUUAAUGGAGCUUAAUGGUUCUGAAUGUACUGCUCAACAAAGUUCUGCAGGAAAAUGGAUGAUCCUUGGCUUAUUGUCUGCUGUGCUGUUUUCUUCUGCAGUGGCUUAUGAUCCGUUGGAUCCUACGGGGAAUAUUACAAUAAAGUGGGAUGUAAUCUCAUGGACUGGUGAUGGAUAUGUGGCCGUUGUAACAAUGAACAAUUUCCAAAUGUUCCGUCACAUAAUGAGCCCCGGCUGGACCUUGGGCUGGUCAUGGGCGAAGAAAGAGGUCAUCUGGUCCAUGGUCGGCGCUCAAACCACGGAGCAAGGCGACUGCUCCAAGUUCAAAGGCAACAUCCCCCAUUGCUGCAAGAAGACGCCCACAGUCGUCGAUCUGCUCCCCGGCGUCCCCUACAACCAGCAGAUCGCCAACUGCUGCAAGGGAGGGGUGAUCGCCGCAUGGGGUCAGGAUCCAUUGCAGUCCGUCGGAGCGUUUCAGGUCAGCGUAGGGCUUUCCGGCACGACGAACAAGACGGUGAAGCUGCCGACGAACUUUACCUUGCUGGGACCUGGACCGGGAUACACCUGCGGCCCGGCGAAGAUUGUGCCGCCCACCACUUUCCUCACGCCGGACCUUCGCCGGAAAACACAGGCGCUCAUGACAUGGAAUGUAACUUGCACCUACUCACAAUUCCUAGCCUCCAAGAACCCCAGCUGCUGCGUUUCCUUGUCUUCUUUCUACAACAGUACAAUCACUCCUUGCCCAACUUGUGCCUGUGGCUGCAAGAACAAAAACUGCAUCAAAAGUGACUCGAAGCUUCUGAGUGUGGCGGGGGUCAACACGCCGAGGAAGGACAACGCGCCGUUGCUCCAGUGCACGACGCACAUGUGUCCGAUACGCGUGCACUGGCAUGUGAAGCUCAAUUAUAAAGAUUAUUGGCGCAUCAAAAUCGCUGUCACGAACUUCAACUAUCGCCUAAAUUACACGCAGUGGACGCUUGUCGUGCAGCACCCCAAUCUCAACAAUGUCACUGAGGUGUUCAGCUUUGAUUACAAGCCUUUGGUGCCCUACCAAUCCAUAAAUGACACGGGCAUGUUCUAUGGAAUGAAAUACUUCAAUGACCUACUAAUGGAAGCUGGGCCUUUGGGGAACGUGCAGUCGGAGGUACUCAUGGAGAAGAACAUCGACACUUUCACCCUCAAAAAUGGCUGGGCAUUCCCUCGAAAAGUAUACUUUAAUGGAGACGAAUGCAUGCUACCAUCACCAGACACAUAUCCUCAUUUGCCUAACUCUGCUCCAAUUUAUAUCGAUGACAGAGAGGAAUUGAGCUCUGCACAUGCAAAAUUAAUGAAUAAGGACCAUGUGCUGAAAGAUGGUUUCUCAAACAGAUAUUUGAGCUCUAAGUCAAUGAAUGGAGGUAGAUGAUAGGACAAAGCUGACAUUAGACCUCUAUCACACGUCCCUCGUCGUCAAUUUUUUAUCACAAGGACUCGUUGCCACUUUUCCGAUGUGUUCUGUCACUCUUCUAAUCAAAGUCAAGUCAGUUGGCAA